AACCCCUGUUAAAAAAAGCAAAAGAUGACGACCAGAAGAGUGAGUACUUCAAAACAAAAGGUGAAACACUAGGCCGAGUGAGACUAAAAGCUGCUGCAAAGUGGACUCCUCCGCGCUCACCCUUCAACCUGUUCCAAGAAUCCCUCUAUCAUGAUCCAUGGAAACUCCUUGUUGGAACUAUAUUCCUCAAUAGAACCACAGGUGAAGAAGCUCUUGGUAGAAAUAUUCUGUGGGAGUUCCUAGAGAGGUGGCCAACCCCAGAGGAUACAGUUUUGGCUUCCUGUGAUGAUAUUGCUAAUCUCAUUCAACCUUUGGGCCUUCACGAGAAGAGAGCAAAGAUGCUUAUUCGUUUCUCAGAGGAAUACCUAACAAAAGAUUGGAUUUAUCCCAAAGAACUUCAUGGUAUUGGAAAAUAUGGAAAUGAUUCAUACAGAAUCUUCUGUGUCAAUGAAUGGUAAAUCCGCCCCUCCGACCACAUGUUGAAUUUCUACAUUGAUUGGCUAUGGGAUAAUCACCGAUAUUUGGGCCUUGAUUAGUACUUAUGGGGUAGGGAUCAUUGAUUGUGACCAUGCAUGGUUCUAUGUGAAGAGGCCAACAGUUUUAAGCCUUACAGAUGACAAGAGCUGCUCCCCUCCAUGAACUUUUAAUGGCUGCACUCUGAAAUACACUAGCUCUCGUCAUUCAAAAUUACACCUUUAUAUAUUUUUUGAAGUGCAGAUAUCUGUAUAAUACUCUUGAGUUAUAUUGGUUAACUGUAGAUAAAGGUAUUGUAAUGAGCAGUGAGUGUUUGUAGUACAGUAUUUUGAAGGGUAGUUAGCUAGGUUUUGAUUAUGUGACAAGCUAAGAAUAUUAGGGACCUUGCAGUGUUUGUAUAGAAGACUGAUUCUGUGACUUGGUACUGUAUGUACAGUUGUUGCCCAAUAUUUUAGAAAGUCAGAAGGUGGCAGUGUAAAAUGUAUACACUGGCUUGUUAAAAUAAUUAUGUACUUCUUCACUUGCUGCUAGAAAAAUUUUUUUUUUGAAAAGGCUUUAAAAUUAUUGAUCUCUGUUGAUAUAUGUAAGGAGAUAUUGUUAUUAUUGUCACAGGAUAUUGCAGUAUUUUCACCAUGUGUAAAUUACACUACAGUACAUAGAUUAUUUCAUUUUUUGUUAGGUAAACACCUUCAGUUUAGUCGGGUAGGUAAUGUUCAUGUAGUUUCAUGACAUGACUUUUAUGUAUGCAUGGUUAUUUAAGAAUUUGUUUGUUUUAUUGAUCAUGUAGAAAUUGUUGUCUGUUUUAAUACUUUGAAAUAAAAGAUGGAAUUGUAAA